AUGAAGUUCCAACUUCCGUCAAUGCUCCUGGCGGCCACCGCCGUGGUGGCCCAGAGCUCCGGUGCCGCCACUUUCAACAAUCCGGUGCUAUGGGAGGACCUUGCUGAUCUCGAAGUGAUCCGCGUUGGCGACACAUACUACUACACUGCCUCGACCAUGCACUACUCUCCCGGUGCACCUGUUUUGAAGAGCUACGAUCUUGUCAACUGGGAGUUUAUUGGACACUCUGUGCCAGAGCUUACCUUCGGCGACAAGUAUUACUUGAACGGCAGUGGCAAGGCCUACGUUGGCGGAAUCUGGGCUAGCACUCUCCAAUACCGUGAGAGCAAUGGCUUGUUCUACUGGUACGGAUGCAUCGAGUCUGGGAAAACCUAUGUUUUUACAGCCACAGAUCCGGCUGGGGAGUGGACUGCGCAGCCACCUAUUGACGAGUGUUACUACGACGUGGGACUUUUGGUUGACAAAGACGACACAAUGUAUCUUGCAUACGGACUUUACAAUAUCAGCGUAGUCCAGCUGUCUCCCGACGGGUUGCAGCCUGUUCGAAAGGAGGUUGUCUGGUCUGACUCUACACGGUAUCUUGAAGGAGCAAGAUUUUACCACAUCAACGACAGCUAUUACAUCUGGUUGACAAAGCCAGCUGACGGCCAGCACGUGCUGAAGGCCGACAGCCCUUGGGGUCCUUACACGAACCACACUGUCCUAGACCGUAUGCCGUCGCCUAUCCCCAACUCGGGAACACCUCAUCAGGGAGCCAUUGUCGACACGCCUGAAGGCGAUUGGUGGUACAUGUCAUUCCUCGACGCAUACCCUAGCGGCCGCAUCCCCGUCCUGGCCCCGCUGACUUGGGACGAAGAGGGUUGGCCUCAUAUCGUUACUGAUGCUGGGGCCUGGGGCAAGUCUUACCCUUUGCCUGUUACCACCGAUAAGACCGUGAACCCAGCUGGCGAGUACACGGACAACUUUGACGGAUCGAAACUGAAGGCAGAGUGGGAGUGGAACCACAACCCCGAUAACUCGGCCUGGGAAUUGGGAUCCGACGGCCUUACUCUUCACACGGCAACUGUGACAGACGAGCUUUACGCGGCCCGGAACACCCUGACUCAUCGCAUCUUGGGACCUAAGAGCAGCGGUACCUUCCGCCUCAACCUUGCCAAUCUGGCGGAUGGAGAUACUGCAGGUGUCGCCAUUUUCCGUGACGAGUCUGCGUACAUUGGUUUCCAGAAGGAAGGGGACUCUCUGAAGCUCGUUGCAGUACACAAUAUUCUCGCUCCUGAGAGUGCUGGAUGGCAGACUACCUCCAAUGGCACUGUCGUGGCCACUGCUAGCACAGAAGAAAUUGAUUUGGGAGAAAUUGCCAACGGCACGGCAGAUAUCUGGCUGCGAGCCACGGCUGAUGUCACGCCGUCAUUCCUUUUGGCGGAAAACAGCAACACGGCCCAGUUCUCGUACAGCACUGACGGAGUGACGUUCACGCAACUGGGAAGCAGUUGGAAAUUGCACAACCGCUGGCAGUACUUCAUGGCCUUUAGGUUUGCCGUUUUCAACUACGCGACGAAGUCACUUGGUGGAUCCGUCGUGGUGAAAGAGUUCAACUUGCAAUUGGCGGAGUGA